CCCUGAGAUAUAGAUGACUAAAAGUAAAGGAGAAGACGCAAGAACAGGCAACAGAAUGGAGCGUUUCCAGCAAGGGGUCCGGAAGCGUACGCUUAUGGCAAAAAAGAAGGUGCAGAGCAUCACAAAGGAUGAUGUUAAAAGUUACUUACUGAGGAAUUUUUUUGUGCUGUUCACCAUCAUUGCGGUCAUUGUUGGUAUCUUCCUUGGAUUUGGUCUCCGGUCUUACCACUUCAGUUACCGAGAAGUGAAGUACUUUUCUUUCCCUGGUGAACUCUUAAUGAGAAUGUUGCAAAUGUUGGUUUUGCCUCUCAUUGUAUCCAGCUUAGUAACAGGAGUGGCUGCCCUGGACAGUAAAGCCUCAGGGAAGAUGGGACUCCGAGCAGUUGUGUACUACAUGAGUACCACAAUCAUUGCUGUCUUGAUUGGAAUAAUCAUGGUGGUCAUCAUCCACCCUGGGAAAGGUUCAAAGGAAAAAAUGCAUCGAGAAGGCAAGAUUGUGCGAGUGACCGCUGCAGAUGCCUUUCUGGAUUUAAUCAGAAACAUGUUUCCCCCCAAUCUGGUAGAAGCCUGCUUUAAACAGUUCAAAACAAACUAUGAGGAACGAAUACCUACUAAACACCAUGAUUCUAAUGAAACAUCUAUCCUUGCUGGCAUUAUAAACAACGUGUCAGAAGCAAUGGAAAACCUAACUCAGUUAAAAAAGGAGAUGAUCCCUGUUCCUGGGGCUGUAAAUGGAGUGAAUGCACUUGGACUGGUUGUGUUCUCGAUCAGCUUUGGACUGGUCAUUGGGAACAUGAAGGAACAAGGACGAGCACUGAGAGACUUCUUUGAUAGCCUUAAUGAGGCUAUCAUGCGAUUGGUAGGACUAAUCAUGUGGUACGCACCACUUGGUAUCUUAUUUUUGAUAGCUGGAAAAAUUGUUGAGAUGGAAGAUAUGGGUGUGAUUGGAGGACAGCUUGCCAUGUAUACUGUUACAGUCAUCAUUGGCUUACUCAUCCAUGCUAUUAUUGUUCUCCCACUGCUCUACUUUGUAAUUACUCGAAAGAAUCCUUGGGUCUUUAUUGGAGGAUUGCUGCAAGCUCUCAUCACAGCCUUGGGAACAUCUUCAAGUUCUGCCACCUUGCCAAUCACAUUUAAGUGUUUGGAAGAGAAUAAUGGGGUAGAUAAACGCAUUACAAGAUUUGUGCUUCCCGUGGGUGCAACUAUUAACAUGGAUGGAACAGCACUGUAUGAGGCACUGGCUGCAAUUUUCAUUGCACAGGUUAAUAACAUGGAUCUAAACUUUGGACAAAUUAUCACAAUCAGCAUCACAGCUACAGCUGCCAGCAUUGGUGCAGCAGGAAUUCCUCAGGCUGGCCUGGUCACUAUGGUGAUUGUAUUGACAUCUGUUGGUUUGCCCACAGACGAUAUCACCCUCAUCAUUGCCGUGGAUUGGUUUUUGGAUCGUCUACGAACCACUACCAAUGUUUUGGGAGAUUCUAUCGGUGCAGGGAUUGUAGAACACUUAUCACGGCACGAGUUGAGAAACAAGGAUGCUGAGAUGGGUAAUUCUGUGAUAGAAGAGAACGAAAUGAAGAAGCCUUACCAGCUGAUCUCACAAGAGAAUGAGAAUGAAAAGCCCUUAGACAGUGAAACCAAGAUGUAAGGUAGAGGAAGUUCAACGCAGAGCACUAGAUCUAUGAAAAGUGUAUACUUUCUCCAAUCCUGACUAUAUCUUGUCUUAUCUCUCUCUAUACAAACAGAGCACUGAAAAGAUUUAGGGUUUAACUAAUGAGAGACAUGAAGCUGGCACAUGCAGGGUCUCUUUGCCUCCUCUUCCUUGAAACAUCUAAGUAAGGGCCACGCUUAAUGUGAUGCCACCUUUCUGUGCGCAUUGGCCUGCUCCCAUAACCAAUAAUGUGAGGCAGGAGAAGGGCAACACUGUCAGGUCACAUGUGUUUACCUAGAUGUUAUUUGGAAGAAGAGGAAAAAGAUGUGGAAUGGCAGCAGCUUUGUGUCUCUUGUAAUGCCUAGUUAAGCCCUUUGUGAAAAUAUUACUAAUUAGUAAUGAUUGAAGUAUAUUAUUGCAUCCCAUUUAAAAAAAAUAUAAGGAAUACCAGACAUCACACAAAGUUGUGAUGUGAUAUAUUACGGGAUGAAAAAUACUUUGUAGGCAAAUUAUUAAGAAUAUUCAAGUGUACAUGUUUCCUAGUCCUGUAAAUGUGAUCGCACUUAAUAUAAGCUCAAAGGGCAAAGCGUAGAAGGAAUCCUGAAAAGAGUUUUAUUUGUUUAAAUGACUGUUACAUGUUUUUAACCCCACAAAGGGUGUGAUUCUAUGCAUGUUUAGGCAGAAAAAAGUUCUAAAACUCCCAGCAUUCCACAGCCAGCAUGGAUGGGUAGGAAAUGCUGGGAGUUGUAGGACUUAUUUCUAUGUAAAGGGGUAUAGGAUUGUGCCCUAAUCUGCAGUCCUAUACCUUCUUACCUGGGAGUAAAGCCCAUUGGACUCAAUGGUAUUUACUUCUGAGUAGAUAUGUAUAAGAUUGUAUUGCAAGUCAACUUCUUACACUUGAUACAUUCCCCAGAGAAGUGAGUAGCAAAUUUUAAAGCUAUGAUUUCUUUAUGUUAUUGCUAUUGGAGCAGUACAAGUAAGAAUACUGAUUUUCAAAAGAUUAAAUAUAUGGAUAAUAUUCCCCCUUGACUCACACUUGUUACCAGCUAAGCAAAA